AUGUUAUCUAGGACACGUCACGUUCAGCCGAGCUGUACGUCCCAACGCCGAGCGCAGAGAGCAUACAAGCGAUCGCUCAAGCGAUGGGAGCAGCUGGGUUCGAGCACUACACGGAGGGUAGAGCACUCGUCAAGCGGCUUAUACCUGCUGACAGCCAGCCCGACCUUGACAUCGUGGAGCACCAAGGUAAUUCUAAAGUUUACACCCAUUCUCCUCCAUAUCCAUAUGAGUAAAGCCUACUAAAGAGUUCGUUACACAAUUCUACUGGAUAAGCUUUAUCAAACAGGAAUUAGAGGAAUAGCUCACAGGUGGUUUAAAUCAUAUCUCCAUGGCCGCUUACAAUAUGUGGAAAUUGAAAAUACCGACUUCCAAACUGGAAAAAUUUUAAAAUCUAGGUCUGACAGUAUCCAUGUGUCUGGAUCCAUUCUACAGGGUAGCGUCCUGGGAUGUAUUCUCUUUCUUAUAAUAUAUUAACAACUUGGCUCUUUGCCGACGAAAUUUCAGUUUUAAUCCCUUGUACAAAUGCAUCAGAAUGAAUUUCAUAAAAACUUCUUAUGUAAGAAUAUAUUUGUUAAAAAAAAAAAUUCACAAUGCUAUACAGAAAAUUCUUUUUCUUAAAGUGGAUUUUUAAAGCCUUUUUCAUUAAGAACUUCUUAUGUUUUCACUAUGUACUAAAAAGUACAGAUUUAGCAUUGAGUGGGGUACAAAGAAUAAAAUUUGACCUUCAUCAUUUCAGGUGUGAUUGGCAAAGCUGGUCUGGACUUCCCGGCGUAUCCAAAUAUACCAAACACAGGGUUUAACUGCAAGAAUGUUUUCCACAUCUGCGACACAUCACGUAAAAUCUCUUUCCUGUGUCCAAACGGUACCAUCUUCAGCCAGUCCCACCUUAUCUGUGACUGGUGGUUCAAGGUGGACUGCGCUUCGGCCCCCGCACUAUACGAAUCAAGCGCUGAGUACUACUCCAAUGAACAAAAGAAAACACAAAAGAUCACACAAGGCUUAACCAAAAACCCUGAUCUCCAACAAAUCGGCACAGACACCAACGUUCGCGCAGAAUCCAGAAGAAGCUCUGUUAAUGUACCAAGCACCACGGAAAGGUUUCUAAGACACAGGCAAAGACUCCAAGGUGAUGCUCAACUUAGCAACGCAAAAGCAACAGCAAGAAGCUUCCAAACUCUUUUUGAAACACCCGUCUAUAAUCCAACACAAAGAACGAUAGCAACAACUGCUUUUGAAAAAAGAAGAAAGAACCUAGUACAACUCAUAUCCAAUAACUUCGGCAAUACACCAAUUAAAUCUACCUUACCGACAUAUUCAGAAGGACCUGUCUAUAAACCGACAACCGCAGCUCCUUCUGUCGAUUAUAGUAACGUAAGAGAAAUGCAAGUUGUUGCAGAAAGCGCAUCGUUCGCAGCUAACAAAAACAACAGGCAGUUUUUACAAGAUUUCAACAGCAAGAAUUUCCGACCAUACCCAGUCUACACACCAAAUCUACCAACCAGACCUCAAAAACCGAAAAGUAAUUUGACAACAUUAUAUAACUUCCGUGAUAGACAUUUGGAACAAAUCCAGUAUAAAGCAGAAGAAACAAGUACUAAACGAUCAACUCUCAUACCCUAUUACAAACCUUAUACGACGGCAGCUCAAAACAGACGCGAUCCUUAUACUAGACCUGGUGUAUCACUGCUAAAGGAUUUUCUUGAAAAAGAAAAAAAUAAAACUCUAAUUACAUCGACGGAGAAAAUCUCUCACGCCACUCCUAGAAGUGAUCGAGAUGAGGCGAAGGAGGAACCAGAAAGAAAAAUAACAAUCGAGGCAAAUUCAUUUGAAUCAGCAACUAAAAUACCUCAAACCACAAUCAGCCAACACUCGUUUGCAACAGAAAAGACAUCUUCUGAUAGAUUAGAAUCUUACACUAGUGAAGUAACUCAAAUCACCACGGAACCUUAUCAAGAAAGAAGGGAAAGAUUGAUCCGUAAGUUAAACUUAGGCACAUUUGGAUCAACGCCAGUUACUGAACCAACACCUACAGAAAAAUAUUAUGGAGACUUACCAAAUAGACCAGGGCUUGUUGUGCCUCCUUCUCUGACCCCAAAAACUCUUCAUAGCCUAGCUAUUUACUAUGCUACAGCUUUGGAUAACCUAUCAACAAACGCUACCCCAGAAACUGAAGAAACCGAAACAACAACGUCAGCUUUCGAUGAAUACGAACCAAUUGACGAUGAACUCCCUGGUCUCUUUAGCCGUCAUACGAUUAAUAAAUACAGCAGUCUUUUUGGCCAUGGAACUGACAAUGGUGAAUUACUAGAAGACCUUAAAUUAGACCCGAACGGAACAUAUAACGAACUUGUUGAUGAUCUGAGCGUUCAACAAAGUCAAAACCCACUUGCUACAUCACCUCAAAUAAGAGAACUCGCCCAAGUUUUCACUCAUGCUCUAUCAGCAUAUUUGCAGGACCCAGUGCAAUUUAGAAAAGUACUAUCUGACAUAAGACCUACUCAUCCGUCUUUUACCGAUACGGCAUCAACUGAUGAAUAUUUCAAUACAGAGCCUACAACAACGGUUAAUGAAGAGGAUGAAGAGAUAUUAGGUUUCUCUGAUGAUAUUAAAUCUAGACCUUCUUUGGCUUCUUUGAGAGAUUCUAAAACAUUAAAUAUAGGUACGGAGUAUUCAUCUGUAGCGGAACAAACAACUACUACUCCAAGUCCGCGUACUACUGAAAGUAUUCCUGCAUCAUACUCAAGUGUUACACCUCGUAGUCCAUUCCGAUGCUGUGGUAGAAUAUCUGCAUCUUACACUUCUCCAUCUACCCCAAUAGUUAUCACAACACCUUUACCAUACACUAAUACAGUUUCAGCUAAAGUUAAUACACUAUCCAAUACCAUCAGUAAUAAAAUUGUUGCUACCACUGAAAAUAGCUACGCAUUAUCUAAUUAUGGAGGAUUCCAAAAUAACACACUUUCCGUUAAUGAUUCACCUUACGGAAAUGAUAUAAAUCAGCCUAAGUCUCAACCAUUAAAUGAAUACAUCGAAGCAACAAAUUUACCUACCGCAUGGGGUGUUGACGCUUCUGAAUCAACAGUUACAUCUACAAUAGCAACUCCAGUUAACAUUUUUGAAAGUAAGAAAAUCAGGACAACUACUGUUAUACCUGAAACCACUGCCAUAUACUUCACUGACACUGAUAGCGUAGAAUUAGAAAACGAAGAAGAAUUACAAAGAGCGCACAGUCAGUCUUUUAUUGGUCCUCAAGGUAACAGCCUGCGACAAGGAAAACAGUUGCAGUUCGAGUCCUCUAAUGAAACGGUCAGAAAACCCUCCGAAGAUCUCGAAGCACCAACAUUACCUGACAGCGAAAGUACUACCGCACAAACCACGGCUCAACCAACCAUCACAUUAAAAAUUGAAGAAUCACACCCAACUACAACUGUAUCUCCAAUAUCUAGCAGUGUAUUUACCUCGCCUGACAAUGAUAAAACUACAAACCAAUUCCAAUGGCCAAGUACUUUUGAAUCGUGGCAUAGUACAAUAAUCGAUCCCAUUACACUUAACGAUGGAUUAAGUCCCUCAGGACCCGAAGAAAUUGCUAAGCAAACGAAUUCAUGGGCAGCCAGUACAACUGCUGUACCUACAACUGAGUAUACGGCAACAAGCGAACAGUCGGUAUCUUCAACAGCUAUUAAUAUUGAUAUCUCUUCCCCUGGCAACAACUUUAACGAUGAAAGGUUUGCAAGGUUUUUAAAAGAGCGUACCUCUACGGAACCUUCACAAGAUUUCAACGCCAUCACUGAUACUGUAGUAGAAAAGGCCAAGGAAAUUAUGGGAGGUAUGAAUGCCACAACUACUGAAAAGCUUAUGAACGUUAUGAAAAAAACUAAAUCUAAAACGGUCAGGAGGUUGAUACUUUUGUUAGUUCAAACUUGCGACGAUGACCACAAUACAACAGCUGAGGCAUCAAAGAAAGCAUUGUUGGAAGCACUCAUGGCGGUAUCACAAAAGGAUAUGGAGGAAAUCGCGAAAGAGGAAGAACAGCAAACUGAAAUACCAACAACAACAACAACAGAUUAUGAAUACGCCAAAUCAACUGAAUACAGACAAACAGAGACAAGCAGGUAUGAGGAAAGACAAGAAGAAAGGGCUCGUCACAGUGAAAGAAGAGGUAAAAGCUUGAAUUUCGAAGCUAGCGCUGUUAAUUCGCUAUCGAAUCCUACAUCUACAGUUGAAUCUGUAAGACCUACAACAGAUUCUGUACGGAGUACAACAGAAGCUAUAAUUGAAACUACAACAUUACCUAGUAGGACAACACAACACAACCGAAGAGGGGCGAAGAAAUUCUUCGUGAGAACAACAGUAGAACCCCAAGCAACUACUACCCAAUAUAUCGAUAGCCCGAGAGCAGAAGCAAGGAAGGCAUCUUCAGAACUAGAUUUAAAAGGAACAUCCGAUACAAGAGCUUUAGAGUUGUUAAGAUCGCUGUACACAAUCGCAGCGCGAUGGGGUUGA